AUGGAGCCCUUCUCCGCGCUUGCAGUUGCUGCUGCGUGUAUACAGUUCAUAGACUUUACGGCAAAGGUUGUCACGCGCGGUGUUGCUACUUUUAACAAAUCGAACUCAACCUCUAAGAAGGACGAGCUCGCUCUUGUUGCUGAUCACCUACGGAAGCUGAACGAGAGCCUAGGGAGGCCAGGUAAAGACAACGAUAUCCAGGAUGGCAUCUUCAAUGUUCGGGAGGCGUGUAACAAAAUCGAAUCAGAUCUCACCAGUCUGCUUGACCAACUCAAGAGCAAUUAUAAAGUGAACCUUAACCCAACAGCCCAUGGUACGUCUCGGAGAUGGGCUAGUGUCCGGCAUGCGCUGUUGAGCCACUGGGGAGAUGAUGAGACUAAAAAUCUUGAACGGAAACUGGACACGCUGCGACAGGAGUUGAUUCUUAAUAUCUUAGUUGAGCUCAGGCAGCAGUCCACAAAACGCAAGAUUGCGAGGCCAAUUGGACAGGAGUUCCUACAGCAAGUAGACGAAAAGGAUCGUUGGCAAAAGGACCUUGUGGAGGCUAUUAUGAAUGGUGACGCCUUCCCCCCCAUUCCCACGGAGUCCUCCCUCGAUUCACAGGCGGUUGGAUACUUUCUUGACAGUCUGAUGUACGAUGAAAUGUUUGUUCGACAUGGCCAAAUUUCGGAUGCCUUUUAUGAAACCUUCAAAUGGCUGUUCGAGGAAGGACCGCAACCACGAUCUUGGGCCGACUUUAGAGAAUGGUUGUGCAGUGGCGACGUGCCCGGAAUAUAUUGGAUAUCUGCAAAACCUGGUUCUGGAAAAUCCACACUCGUGAAGUACAUCGCCUCGCACGAGCAGACAGAGCAUGAACUUCGGAGAUGGGCUGGAGAAACACCCUUGGUCCAAGCAUCAUUUUAUUUCUGGUCUGGAGGCUCUGACGUCUAUAAGUCCAGAGAGAGUCUCUUGAAAGCUCUUCUAGUCCAAAUCUUCAAAACCCGGACCGAACUAAUCCCAAGGUAUUGCCCGAGACGCGCAGAGAUCCACCGACUCUUUGGAUCCUUUCCUAUAUCUUGGGGAUUGGGAGAGCUUGACGAUGUAAUCCAAAAGCUAGUUCAAGAUAAGAGUACCCAGUUCUUCUUUCUCAUUGAUGGCCUAGAUGAGUGUAUUGACAACCACGAGGAACUCGUUUCAUCUCUACAGGAGCUGGCAAACAAUAAAAAUGUCAAGAUCUGUCUCUCAAGUCGUCCUUGGCCUGACUUCGAGGACGCCUUCAAAGAUGGACCUCAUUUAAUGCUCCACGAACUCACCGAACCGGACAUUAAGCAUUACGUACAGUCAAAGCUCGAUGGUAGCAGCGGCUUUGCAGAAUUAAAGAUGCGAGAUAGCAGCUUCGCUGGCAGGCUAGUGGACGAGAUCACGAAAAAGUCUCAGGGUGUCUUUCUCUGGGUGCAAUUUGUCGUACGAGCUAUCUUGAGUGAUCUCAGGAACAGGAAGCGCAUUGAAAUACUGGAAAGUCGGCUUCAAGAGCUGCCGGAGGAACUUGAGGAUCUAUUCCAAACAUUGAUCGACAUGGUGGAAGAUGACCUGAAGGAGGACGCGUACGAGCUCUUCGAACUGAAUCGUGCAGCGCAUGCUCCAAUAACACUGCUCACUCUGUCUUUCGCGCAUGAAGAAGGAAAAUCACUAGGAGGAGGAAAGUCUUCAUCCGUCACCAAAUUCCGAAGGGAGAAGCUUGGCCUCCAGGAGAAAGAAGGCCGUUGCAGAAUCAUGAAAGGGAGACUGAUGAGCCAUUGUAAAGGGUUGCUGGAGGUAGUGGCUAGCUCAGGGACAGUCGCUGAAGAUGACAGUAAUGACUCAGCCCUUGAAGCCGAUAACCUGGUGAAUCCAGCGCCCAAUAUCAGCGAGGAGGAUGAGCUGGCAGUGCGCGUAGAAACACUGGCCACAUGUACAGUUCACUACAUGCACCGAACCGUCAAAGACUUCCUCAAGAAACCUAACAUCUGGAAAGCCUUCAACAGCGUCAUCGCUUCAAGCAGUUUCGAUCCAUACGCUGCACUUUGCCGGGCUUCGAUAAUCCACCUGAAGACCUUCGACAUUAAUGUCAUGAGGACAAGAAUUUUCUGGGCCGCUGUUACAGAUUCGCUUCACUACGCUGCAUUGAGUGAGAUUGAAUCCCAGAAUGCCCUUGUCACAGAGCUCGAUGAGCUUGAUAAGGUGGCUGAUGAAAUAGCACGCAUGCCUUGGCCGAAAGAACCAUCAGGAAACAUUAUCAAGCAGCACAUUGGGAUACCGCAUCCAACCCAAAAGGUGCCUCAAAAAGUGCAAAACCGGCUCGAGGCAAGUUCACAUUGGUCCGCUGCGCAAGCUAGAGGAGGAAGUAAACACUCUUUCCUCUGCCUAACGGCCCAAUAUUCUCUUUGCUCCUACGUCAAAAAGAAAAUCGAACAAGGAACUCCGAUCGAACAAGUACCUGAGUCGCGCUCCCUUCUCGAUUGUGUGAUACGAGACUACAACAGAGUCAGCGACCAGAAACCGCCACCGAUUGACUAUCCUCACAGAAUCCGGAUGAUAGAACUCCUUUUAGAGUAUGGCGACGACCCCCAUCGAAUAGACUCAUAUCGAGGAACGCCAUGGAUGCACCUCCAAGGCCAGAUCAAGAGCGCUUCGAACCAGCAAUCUCCAAAACUCCAUGAACGCAGAAACUCCAAGGCUUUGCUAUCUCGUCGUUCGCAACCAACUAGACCACCAACCUCUAGAAUAGACCCCCAAAAGCUUGAUUUCUGGUUUAGUACUGCUGAGUUGUUUGUUAAAUAUAGGCCGAAUUGCUGGGGUGUUGAUAUUAAGGGUGUAACGGGAGGCGCUUUGAAAGAGUUUGACGAAGAACGAGCGGCAGCCCUAGAAAAGGCUAUGAAGAAGACGAGGAGAAGUUUGUCGCAGAUUUGGAGUGGGCUUGAGUGGAGAAGAAGUGGCACCUUGAAGGGAAGUAUAAAUGGGUCGCCGACGCCGAGUAUCAAGACCUAAGAGCAGAUGGUGCAAAAGACCAAAUCAACCAUAGGUUCGUACUAGCGAGUAAGACUGUCAGAAUGGGUGUGAGGUUACCCAA